UCAUCAUCUCUCUCUCUCUCUCUCUUAACCCAAAAAUCUCACUGACGUAGACUACGAACAUUCAAUCUUCCAUGACCUUGCCAAUAAGCUGUAAGCAUGGAAAACAGAAAUGAACGUUUUCUCAUUUCAAGUUACAUGACUUUUCAGUGUAUAUCCCCUGUAAUCAUUUCCAAUGUUUACCAACAUAUCGUUUUCAAGAUAUCAUCAUCAUCAUCAUCAUCACCAUCUUCAUCAUUAUUAUACAUCUCUUUUUCAUCAUAACAGUAACAUCAUCAUCAGUUAUUAUCACUUUAAUCAUUCCUACUAGACAACAGCAAAAUUAUCUUUCAAUCUUUCAUAUCCAAGUGAUUUCAUCUCUCUCUCUCUCUUUUCCUAAAUCGAUUGAUCAUCUCUCUCAGAUAGAGACUCUCUCAUUACAAAAGUAUAUCUCAUCCUUAUGUACUGAAGAUAAUGACCACCACUGACCAAUAAGCAAUGAGAUGACCAUCACCAUUUGAUUAAGAUUGAAACAGAAAAACAAACUUAGUUCAACAAAUUGUAUUGAUUGCAAAGUUUGUAGUUGAUUUUUUUUACAUUCUGUUGAUUAUCAACAAUUUGAUUACCACAAACAAUUAACUUGUAUUGUUACAUUUUAGUUGCAAUUGGAAAGAUAAACUUAAUGAAAUUAAAUUUUCAUUUGCUAUUUGAUCAUUGAUUGUUUUUUAUAACAAAUCGACACGAGUUAAUUGUGAUUCAGUUUCCAUGGUGAUUAACUAAUGUAAUAUGUUGAUAAUAUUUAAUUAUGAUGAAAAUUAACUUUGAUUGUUUAUAAAGGUGAUAUUGAGAUAAGUUAAAUAUGUCAAGUGUUUCAAGUCACUUAAUCAAUUGGCACAAUCAGUGUUAAUUGUUGUUUAUUUAUAAGUGAUAACCAUCAGAAAAUUUAAUCAACAACAUUGACGAAAAGAAAGAGAAACAAAAAAUCAGCAAAUUGUCUUGAAUUAAAUUCUGAUUAAAACAACAAAAUCUUAAUCCAUCAAUAAGAUUAUCUCCUUUCCGUUUCCUUUUUCCCUCCAAUUGAUUAAACCUUUCCACCUCCAACCUCACCUUUACAAUAAUAAUUCACAUAUAUAAGAUGAUGAACAUGAUGAAAAGGGAGUUUGUUACUGUCAACAAGGAGAUUCCAUACUUUUAAUCAUCAUCAUCAUCACUUUAAUUCAUCAUCCAUUCAACAACAUCAAUUAUUUGGAGAUUAUUACUAAACUUCCGGUUCAACUACUUCCUGAUUGAAGAAAAAAAAAUCUUCUUAAUUUUGUUAAACUUUGUGUUCUUUUUGUGUUGUUAUUGUCAUUGAGUUUUCCAAUGAUAAGUGAUCAUCACCAUCAUCAUCCGAUGAUAAGUUGCAAUAUUGUGAAAUCAUAAACGAUUAAUUUAUAUAUUAAAAGUUCUGAUUCUUCAUUGAAAAUUGAAUUUCGAACAGCCUUGAAAAAAGAAAAAGAUUUGGAAUAAUCAAUCGGUUGGAAUAAACAAUUAAUUUGCUUUAUUGUUACUCGGGCAAAUUAUUUCCACUAAUUAACUUGCAUCAAAAUUAACUGCUUGAAAUUUGAUUAACUUUCAACUUGCAUGAAUCAACAUAUCAGUUCACCAAAGAUAAUGAAUAUAAAUUGAAUAAAAUCAAAGAGCAAGAAAGGAAACAGAAAAGUAAAUAUUACAAUUGUAUUAAUAGUAAAAGGAAAAAGUUAAUAUAAUAUAAUAACAAUAAUAAUAAUUAUCUUGUUAUGAUUAAGAUGAUAAAGGUAACAAUCAGGGAGUGAGAAUUGAGAAGUGGGUGGAAGAUAAAAGGAAGAGAAAAAAAAAGUUCUAACAAGAAGAAAAUUAACAUUCGAUAAGAUAUCAUUUUCUUUUUAUCGAGUAACAUAAACUCAACCAGCGAAGUAAGAAGAUAAAGAAAGAGAGAGAGACACAGAGAGAGAGAGAGAGAGAGUGAGAGAGUGAGAGAGUAAGAAAGGAAGAAAGAAAGAGGAAGAUUAAAGAUGAUGGAUUAGAUAAUAAUGAUAAUGAUAUUUGAAUCGAAUGAAUUGCUUUUGGUGUUUAAGGUUGUUCUUUCAUCCUCCUUUGGUCAGUUAUUGACCACAGUGAGCUCCAAUGUCCAGGGCUAUGGAUGAUAAGGAAGACAAAGAUAAUAAUAAUAAUAAAGAGCAAAAUUUGAGAGAAUCAUCAUUAUCAUCCUUAUCAUCAUCUUCUCUUUCCAUUCUUCUUGAACCUAGUUUAUCUUCCACCUCUACACCAACAACUACUUCAACUUGUACACCUUUUGGUUUUAAUCGUUCAGUUGAUUCAUAUUCAUUGAACAUCAUGGGUCGUAAAAAUUUCAAACCAGAAUCUGUAUCAUGUUUAACUGAAUCUCAACCAGUUCCAUUGGCAACUGUUAAUCCAUCUGAUGAUCAAACCAAUAAUGAAAGAAUGAUUAAAAUGAAACAAUUUCAAUCAUCGUCAUCAUCAUCAUCAUCAUCACCAAGAACACCAACAGUUAAAUCAACAUGUACACCAUAUCAUCCUCAUCAUUAUCAUCAUCAUCGUCUUCAUCGUGACCAUCAACAACAAAUGACACCUUCAAAUAGACCAUCAAGUCAUAAUAAACAUGAUGAUGAUAAAGAUAAUAUCCCAAAGGAAGAGGUAAAAAUUUUAGAUACAUCGACUAACCGAUCAUCAACAUCAACACCACCACAAUCAACAACAUUGAAACAAUCAUGUUACUCUACUGAUUCAAUUGAAGAUGAUUCAAUUUCCAUGAGAAAAUCAGAUAAUACUAAUCCACUUGGUUUACCUGAUUGGAAUCAGAAUGAUCAAAGAUCAUCAUCAUCAUCAUCAUCAAAUAUUAACACAAGUUUAAUUAAAAAAGUUUCUAAUCCUGUUGGUGGAUCAGUAAAAUUAUCAUCUCAUUUACCUGGUUCAUCAUCAAAGGUAUCUGAUGAAUCAUCUCGUCAUCAUGAUGCAAAUACUAAUAGUAGAUAUUAUUAUCGACAAUAUCAUCAUACGCAUCUUCAUUCACCUCGAAAAAGUAAAAAGAUUCCAUGUUCCUCUUCUCGUUGGCUCCAUCGAUCCUCAAGUGACCCAGGAAUGGCUUCAUCAGCCACUUAUUCAACUCACACUUCAGCUUUACUUUUAACUACUGGGGCUUAUUCUGGAUCACCAAGUUUACUGACAUCAUCACUAUCACCAUCACCAACCCAAUUAUCAUCAUCGUCGACAAAAACAACAACAACAUUGCGUAAUAAAAGUUACUCACCAUUUUCUAUUUCACCAACUAUUACACCAGUCACAACAAAAGUUAUAACAAAUAAAACAACAACUCCCUCUUCAUCUCCUUCACCAACUCCUUCUUGUUACAUUGUGCCUUCCUCAUCCUCCAAUGCCUCAUCAACUAAACCAACAACAACACCACCACCACGACCACAAUUUGCUCGUUCUCGUCAAUUAACCGGUUCACCUGGUCCAUCACCAUCUCCACCACGAACACCACCACCACCACCACCACCACAACAACAACAACCACAACUUGUGGUUUUAAUAAACGAAAAGAAUCACCAUCAUCAUCAUCAUCAUCUUUCCAUGUGAAUCCUUCACCUUCCCCUCCUUUACCUGCAUCAGUUAAAUUAUCAUCCACUUGCCAGUCUAACCUUGCAUCAUCACCAACUACUUCCGGAUCAUCUUCAGCGUCAAACUUUUUUUCAUCCCAAAUGUCCAACACGAAAAGAUGUGUCCUAAGACUUGAUGGAUACUCUUAUCUUAUUGGUAAGUGACCCAAAGUAUCAUCGUCAUCAUCAAACCAUAAAGCAAGACAAAAAAGCUAUGAAAGAGAGAGAGAGAGAGUGAGUGAGAUUAUCAGAAAUUGAACCCGGAAGUGUCACCUAAACACAGAACUGAAAACUAACUUGAUUAUCAUCAUGUAACGUGAGAUAUUAUUUGUGUACACCUUGUAUCCAUUAUGCUUGAUGAACCAUAAAAAUUUCACAUUUCACUCUGAUACCGUUACCAUGAUGAUGGUAAUCAUGAUAGCCAAUACUCAGAGAAAUAGAUGAAAUAAAAUCUGAGACAACAGAAAAAGUUUCAACAUUUA